AUGGACCGAGGCAACAUGACUCUUCAACCAACCACUGGGGAGAAUUCCAGCCAGAUCCCAGCAGCUGUGAGCACCACUCACUUGGCCACAGCUGUGUUGCUCUUCACCACUUUCCUGGUGGGUAUGGUGGGGAACGGGCUGUACCUGUGGGUGCUGGGACUGAAGAUGAGGAGGACGGUGACCACCCUCUGGUUCCUUCACCUGGUCUCCUCUUACCUCCUCCUCACCCUGCUGAUCCCCUUCUUUGCCAUCUACGUCCUCCUGGGUUUCCAUUGGGUCUUCGGCACGGCCAUGUGCAAGCUCCUGAAUGCCUGCAUCUCCGUGGGCAUGUUCACCUCUGUCUUCCUUCUCACCCUCAUCAGCCUGGACCGCUACAUCCUCACUCACCGUCCCAUCUGGUGCCGGCAUCACCGUACCGUGCCCUGGGUCAGGAAGCUGGUCGUGGGCGUGUGGCUGGUCUCCUUAGCCCUCAGUGCUCCCUACCUGGCUUUCCGGGAGACCCGGGUGGUGGAUGGGGGAAGAAUCACCUGCACCAACAAUUACACCCUCUCCGGAGUCUGGAAUGGAGCCGAGCUGCAGGACCUGGGAAGACGGGUCCACCUGGCCGUCUUCGUGGUCCGGUUUCUGCUGGGCUUCCUGCUGCCCUUCUGCACCAUCGCAGGAUGCUAUGGCUGCAUGGGGCUGGAAAUGAAGGAGAAGAGUUUGGCGCGAAGCAGGAAGCCCUUCAAAGUCAUGGUCGCUGCGGUAGUUUCCUUCUUCCUCAGCUGGCUGCCCUACCACCUUUACCAUGGCUUGAAGUUCUUCAAAGAUGGGUGGGAGUUGGACUCCAUCCUGAUCAUUUACACGCUCACCAGCUGCUUCAACACCUGCUUCACCCCUGUCUUCUACCUCUUCGUGGGGCGGAGCUUCCAGCAGGUGCUCAAGACAUCCCUGCUUGCUCUGCUUCGGGAGACUUUUGCUGAAGACCUCAGCGGCAAUGGUGCUAUCUCUCAUGAGAGCUCUGGGGUGGUAGCUGGCAAAUUGGAGCUGUCUGAGCAAGUUACGGGGCCUCUGGAUUCAGGGUCAGGGAGCUUAGAACCCAGGGUUCUAGAUUAA